CACCUUCUCGCGUCCACUCCAGUCAGACGAAUUCGCUAACGCAUGUGAUGAGGGUGUCAUUCUGGCAAUGGCGUUUCUGAUAGCGAGUUCGAGAAAUGUCCCUAGCGUGCUUUUGGUUGUGUUCAGCGUCCUUAUUGCGUCUACUUCGGCCCAAAAGCUUGGGAUGUCAAAGGCUGGGACGUUAUCAUUGAGUUCACGCACAACGAAUUAAUUACAGCAAUCAAGUACGCUCAAGUUGGACCUGAGCUUCCAUACCCCGGUAUGUAUAGAUGUGCAUUUCCGAGUUCAGCAACAAUUGUUGUUCGUCACGUACAUUUUAUCGCAGGAAAGAACCUUAUCAUAUCCGGCAUUCCCGAGCUUAGCGACACCGUUGUCACUGCUAUUCAUGCUGGCGGUGAUACUACUUUAUAUAGUGUAAAUGCUAGCAUCUCCGGAACAGAGUAUGGAGCUUCUACCCCUCCGAAAGCGCUACCUCGAACUUUAUACAUGAUCAAUCCUGGUUACAAGUGUCAGCGGGAUUCUCCACAAUUUCCAUCUGAUCGCAGUCUACAGGUCUGUUGUGAAGAGACAGCAGUCGUUAGCCUACCGCCUCCACCCCCUCCACCUCAAGGAAACUUAGGCGCUGGGGACAUCGAAGUUCGUUAUGACGUUUCAUGGGUCGAUACCAUGUACUACUGGGUUCUCGUUUCAGUUAACAACAAGCAGCAGGAUCACCGGGUUUCCUUCCCCGGGUGGGCAUUGUCGUGGAUGUGGCAACAAAACGAGAUUGUUUGGGAGGUUAAGGGAGCUCAGGCAACGGAUGCUGGAAACUGCAUUGAGUCUGCAUUAGCUGAGGUGUAUGGGCCCGAAAUCCAGACAGCGCACACCUGUAGAAAGAAGCCGACCUUUGUGGACUUACCACUACAGUCAUAUUCACAAGAAAGCUAUCCUGAACCAGCAGUCUUUAACUUGCAACUCUCGUGUUGCAAGAAUGGUACACUGGGUAUGCCUUCUUUCCCAAACGGAGAUCCUGCGUUCUUCACUGUUCAGGUAUGAUUUGCAGCCUUUUCCUACCACGUAAUAAUUGCUCCUCUACCUGACUGACUUGAAAGUGCAGGGUAAUUCAAGUGUGGCGCAGUUCAGAAUGCGUGUAGGACGAGCGAAGGCCAAAAAGGGCUAUGAGAAUGUCGUCCCACCAAGAAACUUGACUGUUGGGCUUCCAGGAUUCACAUGCAGUGGAGCAGAAAAACUCCAGCCUUCUGUGUUUCAGAUUUGGGACGCCAUAUGUUGUACCAUGCGCGAAUUGUGCCUGUGGCUGCAACAUGACCAAAAGAUCGUCAAGUUCCCCAAAUUACAACGCAUCCUACCCCACUACCUUUGGGGGUGCGAAGUGUCUCCGAGAACAAGUUGGGCGAGAAGGAGACUUAAUGAUCUUGAAGUCAAUUACGAAGAGCACAGACUUACUGGCCAUUUCUUCAAAGUGCAACGACAACUGUACAUCGCACGUUCACUGGCACAUAAUGGACUACUAUAAGGAGGGCUUCGUUGCAAAGUUGACGAUUGCCAACAGGGAAAAUACGAGCAUCCCUGAAUGGUUUGCUGUGCUGAGGAUGCCUACUCUUGAUAAUGUUUCAGCAGUUUAUUCCUUCAACAAUGCAACAAUAUCCAACGAUACUGCUCUGUUUUGGGGGCAUGAGUAUAACAAUAACUGGUUGUUGAGAACUGCUCCAAACGCCAAGUAUCUCGGGAAUGUACAGUCUGUAGUCAAGUUUGGCUCAGGAAUGCACUUCAAUUAUUCGUCGAAGGAUGUCAGAAAUCUCUUCCCAACUGAGGUGGUUGUUAAUGGCCAAGCUUGCAGCGUGCCAGAGGUAGUGCCCUCUUUCCCUCCAGACAAGAAGAGCAAGCUUCUCAUUUCAUCCAAGUACCUCGCACUUAUACUAGGCUUUGCUUUAUGUGCUGUGCUAGCGUAUUCUGUGGCACUCUUCUGAUCUAUACUGUAGGAGAGACUGUAUUGUCAAGGAUGGAUGUCAGAUUAGCUCCUGCAUGCCAGGUCCUAUAACUGGAGAAUUUCUUGGCCCGCAGGAUGCAUGUAUGCGUACCACUGUUGCUGG